AGACAUCUUCAUCUACCUUAUGCCUGAUGGCCAAGGGUAUACAUAUGACCUGUAAUCUACGUGGAAGAUAAAUUUUUCUUAAUAUUUUCCCCCAAUCAAAAUCCCCAGAUCUACGGUUACAAUUGGAAUUCACCCCUUACCAGAAUACUUCUUCUUUGCUCGUAUAUAUACGCACCACAUGUAUUAUCAGAUGAUCCCAAUUUAUCCCCAGCAUUCUAAAAUCUUCCCAGGGUUUUUCAUCAUCAACAGCUCAAGAUAUUUUAUUUAAUUGGUACUUGUAUUUAUUUGUUUAUUGAUCAGAAAAGUAAAAUAUUAUACUUCGUAUUUGUUUAUUGUUUUAUGGAAUUAUUAUUAUCCUUACGUACAUAGGAUAAAGUUUUGAUCUUUGGAGGAAUUUAGAUUCAGAUCUGCACAGUUCUUUGUGGGUCUGCUUUCUUUUUCGUUAUCAUGAACCUUUGAUCACACUUCACUCCAUUCCCCACCUUUUUUCCACUUUACGCUGCCUUCAAGAUCUCCAUUUUGCAUUUUUUUCCUAUAAAUCAAGAAUAUUAGUCUCUUUUUAGCAAAUUAUAAAUCAGAUUUUCUUUGGUACAGUUUACAUACAUUUAGGGGGUAGUUUGAAAAAUGGCUGGAAAUGGAACAAAGCCCCCUCCAGAGCCUUCACCUUUGAGAAAGGCUAAAUUUUUCCAGGCAAACAUGAGGAUUUUGGUAACCGGUGGUGCUGGCUUCAUCGGGUCCCACCUCGUCGACAAGCUUAUGCAGAAUGAGAAGAAUGAGGUGAUUGUUGUGGAUAACUAUUUCACUGGAUCAAAGGAUAACCUCAAGCAGUGGAUUGGCCAUCCAAGAUUUGAGCUUAUUCGUCAUGAUGUCACAGAGACAUUACUGGUUGAAGUUGAUCAAAUUUACCAUCUCGCUUGCCCCGCUUCUCCAAUUUUUUACAAGUACAAUCCUGUUAAGACAAUUAAGACAAAUGUAAUUGGGACAUUAAACAUGUUGGGACUUGCCAAGAGAGUUGGAGCAAGGAUUUUGCUGACAUCAACUUCAGAGGUUUAUGGAGAUCCUCUUGUGCACCCCCAGGACGAGAGUUAUUGGGGGAACGUUAAUCCAAUUGGAGUUAGGAGUUGCUAUGAUGAGGGGAAGAGAGUGGCUGAGACUUUGAUGUUUGAUUAUCACAGGCAGCAUGGGAUAGAAAUACGCAUUGCUAGAAUCUUCAACACGUACGGUCCGAGAAUGAACAUCGAUGAUGGCCGUGUUGUUAGCAAUUUCAUCGCUCAAGCAAUUCGGAAUGAGCCCUUAACUGUCCAGUUGCCCGGAACACAAACCCGUAGCUUCUGCUAUGUUUCUGACAUGGUUGAUGGUCUCAUUCGGCUCAUGGAGGGAGACAAUACUGGGCCGAUUAACAUUGGGAAUCCAGGUGAAUUCACUAUGAAAGAACUCGCAGAGACCGUGAAAGAGAUGAUAAAUCCAGAAGUGAAGAUCAUAGAGGUGGAGAACACUCCGGAUGAUCCACGGCAAAGAAAGCCGGACAUCACAAAGGCAAAGGAGUUGCUGGGGUGGGAGCCGCAGGUGAAGCUGAGGGAUGGGAUUCCUCUAAUGGAGGACGAUUUUCGAACCCGGCUUGGCAUCCCCAAGACCCACUAGUCACUCAUCACCAUCUCCAUCCCCAAACUAUAUACAUACCUUCAAAGAAAUGCUCAAAUGUUUACCAAGUAUUGUAUUGUCUUCUCAUUCUUCUUCAAAACCUUGAGGUAUUUUUUUCCUUUCUUUUGUGGGAAUUUGCUUGUGACAACAUACAAGUAUCUCAAUUAUAAAUGAUUUGUGGAAAACAUUGAAUAAUAAUUAUAAUGUUCAACUUGUGCUUUCUACACCUAGGAGUAGAGGUAGUGUUUGCUUU